AUGAGCACCUGGAUGAACGACGCCGUCCCCAACCACAAUGGCAACGGCUUUCCUCACAUGAACGAUCCUAAUUCUGUCAGCUCCAUGAUGGAUCCCUCUGCUUUUAUGGCCAAUAAUGGCCAAUUCAAUGCUGCUCAGUUUCAGAACCAGCAACAAAUGGGCGCCGCCAUGCCUAAUGGCCCAGGCUCAAUGCGCAAUGCCUCACCUUCUUUCCAGAAUUCUGUAUAUCAAACCAAUUCCGUUAUUCCAUCGAAGCGUCCUCGCCCUCGUGACGAAAGUCUCGCUGGCUCUCCCAGUCAGAAUCCCGGAAUGCUUCCGACGUCGCGCUCAGAAACGCCGCAGCAGCAAUCAUUUGCAGGCGGGUUUCAACCCGGCGCGGUUCAGCAAAAUCCCGGCCAAUUCUCCCAUCUCCAAGCAAACGGCUCCGCAAACGCAAGCCCUUCCCCGAAUAUGAGUAAUCAAAUGCGACCAGGAAGUGUCCCCCAGCGAGUUGCGACCGCAUCGCCACAUCCUUUCUCGCCCGGCGGCCAGCAAUUCAAUCCCCAGACAUCACCGAUACCCUCCGAACAUGGCACUCCGCAGCCAAACCAUUAUAUGCAGAAUAUGGCGCAAGGCUUCAAUACAAAUUUCGCCGCGUCUCCCUCGAACGCCCGACCUUCACCGAAUCCGAACGCGAUGGCUGGCAACCAAAUGAUGGCCCAACAGAUGGGCCAAAUGCCACAGCACAUGGCCCAGAUGCAGGGCAACAUGUAUCCUCCUCAGAUGCAGCAAUCUCAACAGCAGCAAGGAACGCCACAGCAGCAGCAAGGCCAGCAACCGCAGGGGCAACAAACUCCUCAACGUCAAGGAAUGACCGAUCAGCAGAAGAUGGCUGCUUAUCAAAUGAGGCUGCAGCAACAGCUUCAAGGCAAUGCUGCUCAAAUGCAAGCGCAAAUGCAGGCUCAAAAUAUGGGUCGUGGCAUGAUGCCUAAUAAGCAAGUACCUGGGAUACCCAAUGGCCAAAUGCAGCAGGGCGGCAUGCGACCACAGCAGAGGAUGAUGGCCAACGUGAAUCCCGAACAGUUCAUGAAGAAUCUCACAACCCUAAUGAACUCGAAGGGCCUUCCGUUAGAUCCCAAUCCGAUGGUCAUGGACCGACCAGUUAACCUGAUGAUGCUCUUUCAAGCCGUACAAAACAAAGGAGGUUAUAAACAGGCCACUACAACUCCGAAUGGCUGGCCGCAUGUGGCUCAGAUGCUGGGACUGCAGGCUCAGAACCCUGUAGUGCCGCAAACGUUGAGAACGAUUUAUGAACGCAACCUCUAUAAGUUUGAGGAAGUGUGGAUGGCUCAACAGCAGAAGCAGAGAAUGAUGCAGCAGCAGCAAGCUCAGCAGCAGCAACAACAACAGCAGCAGCAGCAACAACAGCAGCAACAUCAACAGCAGCAGCAACCUCAACAACAAGCACAACCACAGCAACCUCAAAGUCAAGGCGCACUCAUGGGACAAGGCACACCACAAAAGCAGAUGCAACCUGGGCAGCAAAUGAACCAAGGUGUAAUGCCUCAACCUGGGCAGCAGCCUCAGUUGCAACAGCAAACUCCCAUGAAGCAAAUGCCGCCCGGCCAACCCCCAGUCAAUGGAUUUUCAACACCGCAGUCUCAGAUGCAGCCACAACCUGUGGCAAUGCCAGGCCAGACCCCCCGCACCUUGUCACAGUCCAUGGAAGGCUCUGCUGUGCCGGACUUCUCGAGUGCCCAGUCCCCUGCAGCUCGAAGGGCAGGAAGCAUGUCGCAGAGCGAAGGACGACAGGCCUCGGUGGCACCUACGGCGGUUGCAGAGAAAAUGCCCCGAUUGGCCCCACAAUCUGAUGAGUACAGUCCAUGUGCUCGGGAGCUUUCCACAUUUGGAGGUGUUGAUCUAAAUGCUUUCAGUAAACUGGGCACAGAGCUUGAGCGAUGGAAACCAGAUGUGCCUCCUCUACAUGAACUUGGAAAUAUCGACAUCGCUGCUCUGACCAAGAGUUUGCAGAGUGGAAUCCACGGAGAAACGCGCCUUGCCCUUGACGUAUUGGCAGCUGCGUCAUGCUCCAUGAACCAACUGCACUUCAUCCAACUUCGAUACUGCGACGAGUUGAUAGAGGCACUCAUCGAGUGUGCCGAGGACCAGGUGGAGAUGCUGGCCGAGCAUACAGUUGAGGUUUCGGAUGAGAUCCAAAUAUCACCGUAUGAAGAUGUCCUGAGAGCUUGUCGCUUGGAGCGGUUCAACAUCCGUGAUUUGCCUGUUUUCGGCACUCAAGAAUACGAAUUAGAUCGAGCCGUCGAUCGAUUAAUAUGUGUGACGACAAUCCUGCGCAAUUUGUCGUUCCCUGGCGAGGCAAACGAAAAUCAUUCUGUUCUUGCAGAUGAGAUUGUCAUCAAGUUUCUUUGCGUUGUAAUCAGAUAUCUCGGUACGCGGACGAUGCUUCUGAGAUCUCAGAAUAAUACGCUGGACUUUAUGAAAGAUGUCGUUAUUCUUCUCUCCAACAUCGCUGGCACAAUAGAGAUUCCAGGACGGGAACAGGCCCUUUGCCUUCUACAAUUCCUCCUUGCAUUCGCGCCAGCACCUAAUCCCACAGUCUCGGAUGGAACCCUCUUCUUCUCGCAAUACGAACCAAGUCUGCAUGCUUACCUGCCGCAUGCUGUUGAUGCCUUAGCAAAGUUACUGGCACGCGAUGAGCCUAACCGAACACACUACAAAACUGUCUUCGCUCUUGACUCUGCUAGCAACCCCCCUUACGAGUUGCUUACGCGAGCGUUUGGUUUGGCCAUAGCCCCUAUUCCGGAUAAGGCAAAGUCACAAGCACGUCUACCCAGCCUGCCAUCUCUCGUCGAGGUUCGCAAGCCUUUCCUAAUGCAAGGACUGCUUUCGGCUGAAAUUUUGGCAUCACUGGCCCCAGGCCACGACAGUGGUGUUGCUCAGGCUUGGCUCUCGUCUGGCAACGAUUUUGCCCAGAACCUCUUCAGGCUUAUCCGCGACCUCAGUCAGCUAUACGAGCAGCCUCAGAACCAGGGACCUCGGGCUGCCCCACGAAAAGACCCGGAACUAGUUUACAUCGUUGUUGUAGCGGUGGCACUUUUAAGGAGAUUAGCCGAGAAGGCUAGGGACCCUAACGAUCCUACAUCCUCGAUACCAGCUAAAGCCAUGCCGGCACCUCAUGGUCUUCUCGAGGCUUUGUCCAUGCAAUCUGCAGAGUGGUCAAAGGAAGAGGUGCUACAGAAACUCUCCACCUUCUUUGCCCUUGGGAGAUAA